AACACGGCAACAGUGUGCUGCAUGUUUACCUGUUUAUCUCAAAAAUAAAAAUAUCAAAAUAAUUCUAAUUUUACGAUUUGUUAAUUUAUUUGACAAAGUGAUCAGUAAUGCUAAUUUUCUUAAGUUAAUUUCGCUUUUAUUGUUAUACUUUUUCCUACUUUGUAACACUGUAUAAAACUAUUUAAUAGAAGUCAGAAUGAGUAAAUAUGUGAAUUUAAUAAACGUGAAAACAAGGUACGCAAUGCGUAUGAAUCGUUUGAGUAAUCGAAUAUUCGGCGAAGUUGUACGAGAUGUUCCAGAAUCUGCAAUGAAAGUUGUCAAAUUAUUCAGUGAAAAACCAGUGCAAAAAAGACCAGAAAUAGUCGAAUACUAUCCUCGCCUUCGUGCCACUCAUUUGAUAAUGAAAAAUUUACGAUUCUACGGUCUAUUUAGAAAUGAACAUCAAGAUUUUAAGGAAGAACAACAACGUAUGAAAAUUCUUCGUGGUAAACAACCGUGGGUGAAGGGACAAAAAAGAGAUAAAAAUUAAAUCAUGUAAUAGAGUUGUAAAUAAUACACGUUGUUAAUUUUAACAAAAA